AUGAUUUUUUGUAAAUUUAUUUUGUGCAUUCGUUUCUUAAUUUUAAUAACAUGCGCUGAAAGACUGCAGGCUUCGUCCCACUGGAUGGUUACUGAAAGCGGAUUAAUUCAGCCCAGGAUGGAUUCUCCUUUUGAAAUGGCUCGACCUUAUGACUUCUUAUCAUUUUUAAAGCAAGAAACUCGUUGGGAUGAAAUUAUUAAGUUGCACCAUGAGUUAUCAAAAAAGCAAAAAUUUCUUGAUGACCUCUGGACAGAUAUUGAAAAAGAUACAGAUUUAGGUAUUGAUGUUGGAAAAGAUGAAAAUUGCAUGAGGGCGGGCCCUCUUAGCAUGAUUGAUUGGUAUCAUACACCUUUAGAAGAUGGUACUAUAAAAAACAUUGCAGAGGAAGAAUUUUUGCUCCCAAGCAGUUAUGGACCAAGUAUUGAUGUACCUGAUUGUAAAAAGAUAUCAUCCCUUACCUUCAGUAUGUUUACUUUUGAACAUUUAAGUAGUAUGAUAAAAAGAACAAAUAUUUCGAUUACACCAGAGUACCCAACACUGGAUAUAAUAUCUCCAGCAGCAUCGGUAGAGCAAUUUGGGCAUUGGUUAGCUGGUGCCUUAAGAAAGAAUAGUUCAUCAUGGCUGCAUUAUAACUUGGCAGCUUUAUUUUGGAGAAUGAAAGGAAAUGCACCUAAAGCUUUAGAGUGUUGCCGGCGAGCAGUGCAUUAUGCACCCAGACAAUAUAAAGAUAUAGCCUUAUUAAACUUAGGAUCUCUGCUAUAUCGUGCCAAAAAGUAUGCAGAUGCUAUAACAAUAUUAAAUAGUGCCCUCGACCAUGAUUCCCACAACUCUAUUGCACAUUUUGUAUUAGGGAAUAUUUAUACAUAUUUGGGUGAAUUUAAUAUAUCACUUGCUCACUAUAAAGUGUCCUUGGGAAUUAAUCCAAAGAUGGAUAUAGCUAAGAAACACAAAUAUGCUACAUUAUGUCAUGUACAUUUGGGUGGAAGGAUACGGAAUUUAAAAGUGAAAAUAGAUAAACUGCGUGAAGGUUUGAGUGAAUAUAUUCUUAAAGAAUCAAUGUGGAUUAAAACGCAGAGCGAAUUUUUAAAGACAAUGAAACCAAUUGAUGGAUAUGAUUAUAAAAACGUAGAAAAGAACUGCGCAAAGAUGUCAGAAUUGACAGGACUCAGGAUCAAUGAAAUAAAAAUGUUGGGUGAUAGAUACUCUUUGAUAAAAUACUUUUUUGAUGGACCUAUAUACAAUGAUAGGUUAUUGGAAGUGACCGGUACUGCCAAUUUGGACGCUAUUUACACGUUGCAAAGGAUCGUUAGUCAUAUACAGAGACAUGCCAAUAUGGCGGACAUAUUAGUGCAUUUCAAUACGGACGAACCGAUUGAAGACCAAACUGCUAAUCCUGAACAAAUUGCACAUAGUGAAGAAGUCCAAUCAGAUUUUGAAAAGAAAACUCAAACAAGUGAUCAAUUCUCUGAAUUUGAAAGUGGAAUAUUUUUAUACCCACCAACAUUAAUAAUAAACAGAAAUCAUGAAGAUUUUGACAAAGACCCAAAUUGGCUGUCAGAUGCAAUGUGUACACAGGCAUUGCAUACGUUUCCUGAUAAUUUGGAGGCGAUGUACCCGGUCUUCUUGCCAUUGGAGAAUAAAGGAAUAAGAGUGAAGACUCUCCUUACUGACAAGAUCGGAGUCCCGCUCGGAGAAGAGCAUGAGUUGCCCUGGCAUCCGCCCGUCUGCCCCACUGAUAAGGAAGGAAGGAAAUCUUAUAAGCAACAAUUGAUAACUGAAGUCGUCGAAUCGGACUUACUAAGGCAGAAGUUGUUGGAAUAUGUCGGAAACGGAGAUAUAGAGAAAGCGGAACGUAUGCAAGAUGCUGAAAUUGGACACAGAAUAUAUGCAGCAAUGAAGAAGAAUACAGCCCCAAAAUGGAUAACUCAAGUUAUAGCGUCUCUCUAUUGGCGUGUUCGUGGUAAUAGGGUGAAUGCCCUGCAUUGCCUUCAAGCGGCGAAUAAAGUCGUCCCGCCGAAGUACAAAGAAGUGGUUUUGGUGUCUUUGGGCUCCGUACUUAUUGAGAUGGGUUGCUUCGAGGAGGCAGUGGCAGCCACUGAAGAAGCCUUUAGGUUGAAUUUGUAUGAGCCAGCAACAAAUUUCCUCUUAGGCGAGUUAAACAUGAUAAAGCGGCACAGACGGACACACAUGUUCCACCUAAAACAGGUCGUGCGAGUGGAGCCAGGCUUCAUGAAUGGUCUGGCAAAGAAUCUCCUAAACGCGUGGGCCUGCAUCAUGAAGGAGGUCAACAAGUUUCAAGAGAUGGAUUUCAUAGAAGGAGAUAUAUGUACGCAAGUGGAGCCGGGAAUUAACAUGGUGUGUGAGAAGGGAGGUGAAAACUGUCAUAUGACAAACAUCCAGUGCUUCAGUAGUCAGGAUAGAUCGGAUACGAGCAUGAUAAUGAAGCUGCUAGCACAACAUGAUAAGACGUAUCAGUCAAAGGAUAUGAUGAGCGAUGAUUUCUUCGACUUCGUGGUACAGAGAAUGCCGAGCGAUAGAACGGACAGACUUGCGCAUCAAGCGAAUUACGACCAUAUGAUGAAGGCGGUUGAGACGGUUUUGCAUGGAUGUGGGCCUUUGGGGUGUAAGAGUCUGCAACCCGCUGAUUUAGCGCUUACAGAAGAAGAAUGCUCGCACCAUUACAUACAACUUGGAUAUUGGCUGCACAUUGUCAGCUUUAAACAACUCUUUUCUGAUACAAAUAUACGAAUACCGUCAGACAUUAUCACAAUGAAUCCGUCGACUAAGAAAAUACCGGAAUGCAAGGUGAUCUCCGAGCCCUUAGAAGACUUUUACUACGAGAGACUCAGUCGCAUCGAUACAGAAGGCUGGCAGCCCAUCAUGACGCUGACUCAUCAGUUUGCUGAACUGUUCAACUACUUUGACUAUGUGACAUUGGGAGCCAAGAUCGCUAAAUAUGUGGAAGCUCGUCCGUCGUCGUGGGUGGCGGCCUUAAGCGCUAGUUGGUGGUGUGGGGCAGGCGGACACGGCGCGUGCGCAGUACGCUGCGCAGCCGCAGCUCACGCACUGGCACCGCAGCAUUAUUCCUCAUAUCCCUUACGGGCAUUGGUCGCCUUGUUGCAUAUGCAUUCCAAAGAAAAAGACGCCAAAGACGUAGCCUAUCUCUCCUUCUAUGGAUCACCAAAGAGCAAAAUCGAAGCAUUUUUAGUCGCCGUCUCUCAUACAUAUCUCGAAGAAUUCGAUCAAGCAGUGUGGAUGUAUCGCUACUCCCUGGUAUUUGACGAACAAUUUAAACCUGCCAAAGCCUGUCUCCACGCUACCAUGUGUCUUAUGUUAAUUCCCGAAGCAAAUAAGGGUAUAAAAAAUAAAUGA